GCGACGCCAGGGAAGAUGGCUGCUGCGUCUUCUUCGGAUUCCGACAGCGGACGAGCUGAGAGUGAAGCCAGUUCGAAAUGGCUGGACGCGCACUACGAUCCCAUGGCCAACAUCCACACCUUCUCCUCCUGCCUGGCACUGGCAGAUUUGCACGGGGACGGAGAGUACAAGCUGGUGGUGGGAGACCUUGGCCCAGGUGGGCAGCAGCCCCGCCUGAAGGUGCUCAAAGGACCAACAAUGCUGACAGAAAGCCCCCUGCCUGCCCUGCCAGCCUCUGCUGCCACCUUCCUCAUGGAGCAGCAUGAGCCCAGGACACCAGCUCUAGCACUCGCUUCAGGCCCUUGUGUCUAUGUGUAUAAGAACCUUAGACCCUACUUCAAGUUCAGCCUGCCCCAGCUGCCUCCAAACCCUCUGGAACAAGACCUUUGGAACCAAGCCAAAGAGGACCAGAUCGACCCCUUAACCUUGAAGGAGAUGUUGGAGGGCAUCCGGGAGAAGGCAGAGGUACCUUUGUCUGUACAGUCACUCAGAUUUCUGCAGCUGGAGCUAAGUGAAAUGGAGGCAUUUGUAAACCAACACAAAUCCAGGGCCAUCAAGCGUCAGACAGUCAUCACCACCAUGACCACCUUGAAGAAAAACCUGGCUGAUGAGGAUGCUGUGUCCUGUCUGGUGCUGGGCACUGAGAACAAGGAGCUCCUGGUACUUGAUCCUGAGGCCUUCACCAUUUUAGCCAAGAUGAGCCUUCCCAGUGUCCCCGUCUUCCUGGAGGUUUCCGGUCAGUUUGAUGUGGAGUUCCGGCUUACAGCUGCCUGCCGAAAUGGGAAUAUCUAUAUCCUGAGAAGAGACUCCAAGCACCCCAAGUACUGCAUUGAGCUGAGUGCCCAGCCUGUGGGGCUUGUCCGGGUACACAAGAUCCUGGUGGUGGGCAGCAACCAAGACAGCCUGCAUGGUUUCACCCACAAAGGUAAGAAACUGUGGACAGUGCAGAUGCCCGCGGCCAUCCUGACCAUGAACCUCUUGGAGCAGCGCUCCCGGGGCCUGCAAGCUGUCAUGGCUGCACUGGCCAAUGGAGAGGUCCACAUUUACCGUGACAAGACCCUGCUCAAUGUCAUCCACACCCCGGACGCAGUGACCAGCCUUUGCUUUGGCCGCUAUGGGCGGGAGGACAACACACUCAUCAUGACUACUCGAGGUGGUGGCCUGAUCAUCAAGAUCUUGAAGCGUACAGCAGUGUUUGUGGAAGGGACAGGUGAAGUGGGUCCUCCACUGGCCCAGGCCACAAAACUCAGUGUGCCCCGAAAGACACGCCUCUAUGUAGAUCAGACCCUUCGAGAGCGUGAAGCCGGCAUAGCCAUGCACCGGACCUUCCAGACAGACCUCUACCUGCUGCGCCUGCGGGCUUCCCGGGCCUACGUUCAGGCCCUCGAGUCCAGCCUGAGCCCCAUGUCAACCACAACUCGGGAGCCACUCAAAUUGCAUGCUGUGGUUCAGGGCCUGGGCCCCACCUUUAAGCUUACACUUCAUCUGCAGAAUACCUCAACAGCCAGGCCGGUGCUGGGGCUGCAGGUCUGCUUCCUGUACAACGAAGCACUCUAUGCCCUGCCCCGGGCCUUCUUUAAGGUCCCCUUGUUGGUUCCAGGACUCAGCUACCCACUGGAGACCUUUGUGGAGAGUCUCAGUAGGAAGGGCAUCUCAGACAUAAUCAAGGUGCUGGUGCUCCGGGAAGGCCAGAGUGCACCCUUGCUGAGUGCCCACAUCAACAUGCCUGUGAGCGAGGGGUUGGCAGCUGCCUGAACACUGGGCCUGCUUUCAAGACCUAACAGAAUGGAGCCAGCCAGAUCCAGCCACUUCCACAGAGCUGGGCCAGGUCCAGUGUCCCCAGGCCACUACCCCACACAGCAGUGUGUGGAGCAGCUUCCCGCUCCUCUCUUAAGCAGCCCCUUGCUCCCCACCUUUACCACUGGUCCCGAGCAAUAGGAUUGGAGGUGCCCAGGCUCGGCUCCUCCUCAAGACCCACCCAGGCACUGUCCCACAGCUCCUGCUCCCCGCUUCCCCUUCUUUCCAGAAACCUCACAAGGCCCCAAGAAUAGCUCCGAAGUGGUCAAAGUGAGGAGAAGCCGAGUCCUUCUUUACUUCCACUCAUCUCCAGCCUCAGAUCAAGACCAGGAUUGGCCUAGGAAAUUAGAGGCUUUUCUCUGGUGACCCACAGGGGUUCUAGAGGUGUGGAUGCUGCCAGUUCGGCUCCCAGGCAAAGCACAUGUGCUGAUCUUCCUCAGCUGAAGAGGCUCCACUUUCUGCCCUGUGGCCCAGGGAAGAGUCACAGGGCACUUUCCCAAGUCUUAGACUCAGCCUCCAAGGCCCACAAGGGUUGCCAGAGGAGGUGGUGCAGGAGGCAGAAGGGGUCCAUGUGGGGAGCUAAAUGUUGUGGCCCCAGCCAGAACUCCCAUAUAGCAGCUGCUCCUGACCUGGAUGCUCAUUCCCAGAGACUGUUCCUGAAGAGGAAGGCCAGGCUAGACAAGCAGAGGUAUUCAUGGCAACAAGAGAGGUGUUUCCAGGGUCUAGGGUAGCGACCCAAGGGACACAUGCCUAGAAGUGCCCCUCAAGAUUGCACUCAGGCCAGGGCCCAAGUCAGUUGUGUGGGUGGGGUGUUCACUGAGCAGGGGCCAGAAUAUACAUGGUUCACUGGAAAGGCACACACCAGAGACAUGGAGAGAAGCUGAAGACUGACUGAAGAUGUGUGUGCAGAUCCCAAGUGCCAGCAACUUCAGACUCCACAAUCUACCCAGAACCACUUGGGAGCUGGAAGCCCUGCUCCCUGAAGAGCAGCGUCUUCCGUUGUCUGACCAGGUUCAACCUGGUGUGUGGUACACAGCUCAGGAUUGCAGGUUCCAUCUCCUAUAAAAGAAGGUGGUGUGGGGCUGGAGAGAUGGCUCAGCGGUUAAGAACACUGGUUGUUCUUGCAGAAGACCUGAGUUUGAAUCCCAGCACCCACAUGACAGCAAAGAACUGUCCGUAACUCCAGUCCCAGGGGA